AUGGGGUUGCAGGGGCGUAGGCUAGGGGGGUUCGCUGAAUUAAAUGGUCCACUUUCAGAACUGUCAAUAGAAGAGACGUUUGAUGUGGUUAAACGUGCCCACAUUGCAACUGGUCAUGGUGGUCGAGACAAGAUGGUGUACGAGUUGACCAAGAAAUACGCUAACAUCACAAUAGAAGCACUGAACCUCUUCAAGUCCCUGUGUCUGGAGUGCCAGAGAAAGAGAAAGAGACCGACUACAAAAGGAACAGUCGACAGGCCGAUCAUCUCCAAAGACUUCAACUCCAGAGCCCAGGUCGAUCUAAUCGACAUGCAGUCAACGAGCCAAGGACAGUUUAAAUGGAUCAUGGUCUAUCAAGAUCACCUCACGAAGUUCUGUGUUUUGCGCCCCUUGACAUCGAAACGUGCCGCUGAGGUUGCAUUUCAACUGCUAGACAUAUUUCUCCUACUUGGUGCUCCUUGCGUGCUGCAAAGUGACAAUGGUUCAGAAUUUACUGCACAUGUAAUCACUGAACUGAAAGUAUUGUGGCCAGAGUUGGUGAUGGUCCAUGGGAAACCUAGGCAUCCACAGAGUCCAGGGUCCGUAGAAAGAGCAAACUGUGACAUUAAGGACAUGCUUGUUUGUUGGUUAGGAGAUAACAAUACAACUGAAUGGACUGUUGGACUCAAAUUUGUUCAGUUUCAGAAAAAUUCCAGUCUUCACAGUGGAAUUAAGUGUUCUCCAUUUGCGGCACUGUUGGAUUCUGGUGCUCGCACCGGUGUUUCAAGGCCAAGAUGCAGUGCAACUCUAGGUGUCACUCAACACUGCCGUGUACAAAUAAACUCUCCUAAGUGCAAUUCACUCCUACCUUAA